CCAGUCCACCACGCCCCCUGCACGCGACCCGAGGCCAAGAAUCGCUUCCGUUCCGCGCCGCCUCCUAUAUCCAGCGAGCGGCGCUGCCAGCCCACGCCUCGCUCGAAUCCCUCCUCCUUCCUGGAAACGGGGUUUGCUUUCCCUGCCCCGCCAAAUCCUUUCUUCUCCAUCCAGCCGGUUCCUACCCAUCCUGCCGGCUGCGGCUGCGGCAGCGGCUGCCUGGCGCUGCCGUGCGUUGCAGAGCGAGGGCGAGGCGGAGGUGGCCAAAUGCCGGUCCAGGACCGGGUCGUCGUCGUCGGCGAGCGCGCGAGACUCUGUCUCCCCCCUGCCGCCGGUCUGUCGAGGUGUGGUAGUGGUAGUGGCCGUCCCAGCUGGAGCACCUGAGACGUCGUUGCUCGGUCGUCCGGAUUGAUUUCGGCCGAAAGCUGCUUGUGGGUUUUUUUUUCCGGAAAGGGAGGGAGGGAGGGAGGGCAGCCUUUUCGGUUUUCUGAUUGUUACUAGUUGCUCUGCGGAUUCGAUUCCCUUGCCGAGAUUUAUCUCUUCGCCGCCGGAGACUGGUGGACAGCAGAUCCUCUUCCAUCUCCGCCGGCCGUUCAUUCUUAAGCUGCCUGCGAAGCUUUUUCUUGAGACCCUCUCCAGAGUACUGUUCGCCGGAUCUUGGUUUGGAGGGCGAGCGGUGAAAGAUCGAAUCCUUGUUUGGAGGUUCAGCGGCAGGCAGCUCGCUGUGACGUCGCCCGUGCGGGCAUGGUGUCCAGAUCCUACUCGAACCUCCUGGAGCUCGCCGCCGGCGGCAGCGGCGGCGAGCCGCUGCCGUCGCUGGGGCGCCGCCGGAUACCGCGCGUCGUGACGGCCUCCGGCAUUGUGCCGGACCUCGACGUCUCCGACGCCGCCUCCGCCGCCGACCAGUCCUCCCACGCGCCGCGGGAGCGCGUCAUCAUCGUCGCCAACCAGCUCCCCGUCCGCGCCUCCCGCCGCGCCGCCGCCGGCGCCGGCGGCGGCGGGUGGGACUUCGCGUGGGACCAGGACAGCCUCCUCCUGCAGGUCAAGGACAGCCUCCGCGCGCACCACGGCCGCGCGGACGUGGAGUUCGUCUACGUCGGCGGCCUCCGCGACGACGUGCCCCCAGCCGAGCACGACCAGGUCGCGCACGACCUCCUCGAGGGCUUCCGCUGCGUUCCCACCUUCCUGCCCGCCGACCUCCGCUCCCGCUUCUACCACGGCUUCUGCAAGCAGCAGCUCUGGCCACUGUUCCAUUACAUGCUGCCACUGUCGCCGGAGCUAGGCGGCCGCUUCGACCGCCUCCUCUGGCAGGCCUACGUGUCGGUCAACAAGAUCUUCGCCGACAAGAUCCUGGAGGUGAUCAGCCCCGACGAAGACUUCGUCUGGGUGCACGAUUACCAUCUCAUGGUGCUCCCCACAUUCCUGCGGAAGCGCUUCAACCGGGUCAAGCUCGGGUUCUUCCUCCAUAGCCCCUUCCCGUCGUCGGAGAUCUACAAGACCCUGCCUGUGCGUGAGGAGCUGCUCCGGUCGCUGCUGAACGCCGAUCUGAUUGGCUUCCACACUUUUGAUUAUGCCAGACACUUCUUGUCGUGCUGCAGCAGGAUGCUCGGGCUCAAGUAUGAGUCGCAGAGGGGCUACAUUGCUCUGGAGUACUAUGGCCGGACAGUUACUAUCAAGAUCUUGCCUGUGGGAGUACACUUGGAGCAGCUACGGUCAGUCCUCAACCUCCCGGAGCUUGGGGUCAAGGUGGCCGAGCUUCUGAAACAGUUCUGUCAUCGGAACCGUCUGCUGUUGCUUGGUGUUGAUGACAUGGAUAUCUUCAAAGGAAUUAGCUUGAAGCUUUUGGCGUUUGAGCAGCUCCUAAUGCAGCAUCCGGAGUGGCGGGGAAGGGUGGUGCUUGUUCAGAUCGCCAAUCCAGCAAGGGGGCGGGGAAAGGAUGUGAGGGAGGUACAGGAAGAGAGCGAUGCAAUGGUGAGGCGCAUCAACGACGCGUUCGGGCAGCCAGGUUACCAGCCGGUGAUACUGAUCGACCAGCCUCUGCAGUUCUAUGAGAGGAUGGCUUACUAUGUCGUCGCGGAGUGCUGUUUGGUCACUGCAGUGAGGGACGGGAUGAACCUGAUCCCAUACGAGUACGUAAUUGCUCGACAAGGGAAUGAGAGGAUAGAUAGUAUUCUAGGCCUUGGUCCGGCUUCAAGGAAGAAGAGCAUGCUUGUCGUGUCAGAGUUCAUCGGCUGCUCGCCCUCCCUGAGCGGCGCUAUCCGUGUGAACCCUUGGAACAUCGAUUCAGUAGCCGACGCAAUGGACUACGCGCUGGAGAUGCCGGAAGGGGAGAAGGUGUUGAGACAUGAGAAACACCACAGAUACGUGAGCACGCACGACGUCGGGUACUGGGCGAACAGCUUCCUGCAAGAUCUUGAGCGGAUUUGCCUCGACCAUAACAGGAGGCGUUGCUGGGGCAUAGGGUUUGGGCUGAAGUUCAGGGUUGUGGCCCUCGACCCAAACUUCAAGAAGCUUGCGGUGGAGCACUUGGUCUUGGCCUACCGGAGGACGAAGAAGCGUGUCAUUCUCUUAGACUACGAUGGGACGCUGAUGCCGCAGACUUCGCUCGGUAAGAGUCCUACCUCAAGGACGAUAGACAUGUUGAACAGCCUUUGCCGCGACAGGAACAACAUGGUCUUCCUUGUGAGCGCAAAGAGCCGGAUGACUCUGAACGAAUGGUUCUUACCAUGUGAGAGCCUUGGACUAGCAGCUGAACACGGCUGCUUCCUCAGGCUGAGAAGAGACGCAGAAUGGGAGACAUGCGUUCCGGUGAUAGACUGCAGCUGGAAGCAGAUCGCAGAGCCUGUGAUGAAGACCUAUACCGAGACUACGGACGGGUCGACUAUUGAGGACAAGGAGACUGCCAUCGUGUGGUGCUACGAGGACGCCGAUCCAGAUUUCGGAUCCUGCCAGGCCAAGGAGCUCCACGACCAUCUGGAGAGCGUGCUUGCAAACGAGCCGGUCUCAGUGAAAGCUGGACCCAACCUCGUCGAGGUGAAGCCACAGGGCGUAAGCAAGGGCCUGGUGGCGAAGCGGAUCCUGUCGACGACGCAGGAGCGGGGCGACGCCGACGACGACCUGCCGGACUUCGUGCUGUGCGUGGGCGACGACCGGUCCGACGAGGACAUGUUCGAGGUGAUCGCGGCGGCGGCGGCCGCGAGGGGCGUGUCCUCCCUGCAGGCGGAGGCGGAGGUGUUCGCGUGCACGGUGGGGCGCAAGCCCAGCAAGGCCAAGUACUACCUGGACGACCCCGCGGACAUCGUGCGCCUCGUCCAGGGCCUCGCCAGCGUCUCCGACGACGACCAGACGCACGCCCCACCGCCGCCGCCUCCCUCGGCGGCGACGACGGCGGCGGACACCGUGCCGAGGUGAACCGUGUCGGCGUGCGGGGGUGCGGUGCAGUUAGCUCUAGGCGGCAUGAGACCUUGUGGUUGUGGUGGAACUAGUGGAAGGGACCGUCGCUCGCGACUGUUCGCAGGUGGUGUACAAAAUGCUCUAGGAAUGUUGUGGUCUGGGAAUGUCCUUGUUCGUGC